GUCAAACGAGUAACACGUAUACCUUAACAGACAAGUGGUCCGUCACAGUGUACCUUCACCUUUAAUUGAUGACUCGUAAUUUCUCAAAGACAGAAAAGUGACCCGAUAAUUUUUUCAAGGACAAUUUUUAAGUGCAAAAAAAAGUUUUUUAAGUGAAGAAAGUGAAGUGAGAAAAAAAUGGAGAGAAUAUUAGUGCUCCUGGUUUUUGUGGUGUCAGUGGCCGCGUUCCGACCCAACCCUAAGUUCCCUAAGGAGGAAACGGAUUUAAUCAAAAAAGCAGUGUCCUGCGGUGCACACGAAGACAGAAGAAAUGAAAUCAUCAGUAGAUCCAAGUGCGGGGAACCUAAAGAAGUCUUCGUAGAGCUUAAACCUCAAAGCUCUUACAUGAAAGUGAAGCCGAGCGCGGUGUGGGUGCGGCGCUGCGUGGGGCUGUGCGACCACGGGCCCGACGGGUCCAAGUGCAUCGGCAUCAACAAGACCAUCGAACACAUACCGGUUCGAAUAUCAAACCUGAAAACGCUCAAGGAAACCUGCGCAACAUACCCCGUGGAGGUCCACUUGACCUGUGGGUGUGGCUGUGACGUCGCGACCAGAGAAUGCCCUUCCCCGAGGAUCUUUAAUCCUCGUAAGUGCAACUGUCAAUGUCCCAACAUGAAGGAAAGACGGAAUUGUCUUAAACAGCGGAACCCAGUUAUGAGGUGGAAUCCAUCUAAAUGCAUCUGCGAAAGAAGAAGAAGGUGAGCUGCUCAAAUUUAUAGAAUUCUGUGAAGAAUCUGACAAGACAUCGAUAGCCUUUUCCAAAUGGAAACUGGGAAGGUAAAAAAGCUAAUUUGUUCCUUCAAGAUAUGAACAUCGAAUAUUUUUCUAUGACAAAAUACUCACUAAAGAUAGUGAAAUCAAAUUUGUUAGAAUCUAUACAAAUUGAUCCAACUUCAAAGAAAAUUCCUUGAAGGUAUACUCAAAUGAAGUUUUUGUAUUGAAGACAAGUGUUUCACCAUGUGAGAGACAUAGUUGUGAAUAGAUACCUACGUAAUAGUAGAUACAAACUCCAUAUGACUGAUCAAUGUGUCUUAUAGUUUAAUUGUAUUUGAAGAAAACUAAGCAGUAUUACUAUUAUGCAUAAGUUAUUUAUUUGUUUAAUUGUAUUUAAUGUAAAAAUGGGACCAAACGGUGUUGUGAAUUGACUGGCCUUAAUGUUCCAUUAUUUCUUACGUCCUAUUAAUUAAUAUAUUGUACUUAAUUCUCUUAACUUACUUUCAUCUUAUCCUAUAGUUAGUUUACCUAAGUCGUUUUAGGUUAAGGUCAUUGACAUCACUUUUCAGUAUUGUUUCUUAGUUUAAGGCGUUUGAUGAUAAACGCAAUUCCUAAAUUGUGAUAUUGUCGUCUAAUUUCCAGUAGGUUAAGGAUAAAUAAUUUUGUGCCUGCCUAAAGACUUUACCUCAAAUUGAGCACAAUAAUUUCUUUAUCAAAUUUCUUACUUAACUAUUCAUGAAAAUAAUAUAUUAUCAUCAACUUUCUGUAUUUUUCUUUAUAAUACUUAAGAAUCAUUCGAAACUUAAAAUCAAGUAUUACAUACUCGCCUAUCAAUAUUUUUACUGUAUGCCAUUUCAAUAAAAUUAAAGGCACGGUUAUUUAAAUAACUAUGGUAGGUCUAUGUAUUAGUUAUGUACUUAAUUAGGUAAUAUUUUCAACUCCAUUAUGUAUUUGCUUCUAGUCAAGCGAUUCUUUUAAUUUAAAAUAUUGAAUUAAGUAUUGUAAUUUAUUGUAAAUAUUGGACUCAACUUUUUGUAACUAGCUCUCUGAGUGUAUUUGUAUAUUUUUGAAAAUUGUAAAUUUGUGCAACUUUUGUAUAAUAUUAAAAUGUAAAUUAGGUAAUUUUGUAAGGACUAGUCUAGAUAGUGCCAAAGGCAUUGAAUCUCAAGUGUAUAAAAUAUUAAAUAAUAAUUUAUUACUUUAAUUGUAACAGCUUAAGAAGCUUUAAGUGAUCGAAUCACGUGAUUAGUUUUAACUUUAAAACUAAGUAUCUGCUGAGAAAUAAACAUU